AUGUUUGGUAACAAACCCCACGCCCCCCCACCACCAACCCACCACCAUCAGUCUCUAUCAAACAUACCUUUCCUCACUACACACCAAUACUCUCCUUCACUCCCCCACCACACUCCAAAAAAUUACAAUGACACUCUCGCCCCUCACGAUAUCACACCUCUCGGCCACUCCAUCGUCCCAACUCCCAUAUCUCACUACAUUGCACCCCAUCACCUUGUCAAUCAAACAAAAAGUGACACUCAAACCCCCCAAAUCCACCAAAGCUCACCACCCAAACACACCCCACACUCACACAAACACUCUCCCACACCCUCUGACACCCACUACCCAACCACCUACCCCCACCGCCACUACCACUCAACAUGUGUCAUCCUCCACUCACACACGAUGAAUAUGAAGCUACCCCCACACUACCCUCCCCCAGUCUCUAAGUCCAUCACCGUACAUCACACCACGACUCUCCAACACCUAAAAUGA